GGAAAAAUACACUUCAUCAGUAUCGUGGAAUUUGUGUAACCGACAUUAUCUUUGAGAGAAGCCGUUCUUCGAGUGCAACAUGAAUUUCGCCACAGUUUUAUUGUUUGUGACAGUCCUUGUCGCUGUAGCCUAUAGUCAGCCGGUUGAAAAUGUCCAAGCUGAAUCCUAUGCUGCCAUCAAUGCCGAUUUGGUUGUAGAUGCUGAUACGGGAGCGGUGCGCAAAGCUCGUGGUUACUACGGAGGUGGCUACUAUCCAGGUGGAUAUGGAGGAUAUGGUGGUUAUGGCGGAUAUCCGGGAGGAUAUGGUGGAUAUGGCGGAUAUCCAGGAGGAUAUGGUGGAUAUCCAGGUUAUGGUGGUGGAUACAGCAGCAGCAGCUCCUUUGCACAGGCUGCUUCAUCUUCCGGCGCUUUUUACAGUUGACCAAUUUUAAAGUAAAAGUAAUUAAUAAAAUUUAAAUAAAAUUGAAUAAAA